UUAAAAAUUCUAAAUUCGAUGAUAAUAUUUGGUUGCUUAGCAACGACGUAAAUAUUUUCAAUUUUCUGUUUGAAUUUCAACAAUUUUCACGUAGUGAUUACAUACUCUUUGAUAUCAUUUCAGUCUCUACAAAUAUUACAUAUUAAUUAAUAUUAAAAAAUAGCUCUUGGAUAAAGAGAUAUCACGAAAAUAACUUCAUUAUUAAUAUUACUUAUUAAUAAUUAUUCAUUCAAUAAAUGGAAUAAGAAAUGUAGUUAUAGUAAAACUGAAAUAAUCUACAGUUCAUUGAAUUAAGUACUUACUAUUUAACAUGGGUGAUAAGGAAGACGUCGAUAUCCGCUUAGAGUUUCUGAGCGAAUACCUUUUGCGGACACUUAAGCAAAAAAUCGAGAAAUGGAACAAGUUUAUUACUGGCGACGAUAGGCAUAUACUGUUCAAGUUCUUCGAGAUGCCGAAAUACGAGUUGCUCGUAUUCCGUAUCAACGCAGGUGGCAUGUUGACAUGCUCUCUAACUUUCCCGCCCGUCAACAAAGGCAAAAUGGUCUACUUCCUACGCAAUGUUGAGGAUAAAAUAACACAGACCAACUUUCGAAAGAUUCUAACAAUAGGGGAAAUGUCAGGCAAUGUUCUGAUGGAUUUAAGCGUAAUGGCGGAUGAGGUGAUCGGCCCUCUACUGUGUAACCCUGAGAACCAGAAGGGCUGGCCGAAAAUAGUGAAAACCGAUAUGAAAAGGCACGUUAACGAUCUGAGGGGUCUAAUGCAUCAACUUAAAGGAGAAAUGGCCAGUCAGACAAUGCUUCCGAUGCCAGAAGGUGUGGAAAAUAUUUAUAACGCUGAAGCGAGACUUAAAGAGACUGAUUCUGAGGAAGUAGAUCUUCAAUUAAAGACGAAUAUAGAAGGAGCGAUAAUAAAGUGGGCCCAGCAGGUUCACGAUUUAUUGCAAGAAGAUUCCUAUUUAGCGUUCAAAAGAACAAAGUUUCCGCUGCCGAACGCCGAUAUAGAAUUCUACGCGAGCAGGCUGCGCAACCUUGAAGGGAUUUACUCUCAACUGAGGGACCCGCGAGUCAAGCGGAUGGCGAAUUACUUAGAAGCGACGAGGAGCGUUUACUUCAAUUGCUUCAAAUCCAUGCUCACAAAUGUAGUGGCAGCUAUCAUAGAAUGCCGGGAUAUUUAUGUGUACCAGAGGCCACUGAUUCCGCACUUUGAAACGUUUGAAGGCACGGACUUCUUUGACGCAAAGCCUCUGAUAAGGCCCAUGUUCCACUGCAUAGGCCUGCUUUGGGGGAAUUCACGGUACUUCUGUAGCGUCGAGAAGUUAAUACCACUUCUACGGGAAGUAUGCAAUCUGGUUAUACAGCAAUGCACUAAUUCAAUCGAUCCGAACUCAAUAUUCCAAGGAGAGGCUGAUGAGCAAUUACUCAAAUUAAGGAAAGCAAUGGCAAUUUUAAACCAUUUUAUCGAAACCUACGAAAUGAAUCGCGACAAAGUCCAUACAUUCUUUCCUCCGGGCGUGUUGCCUGUGCGCUGGUCUUUCGACUUCGACCGGGUGUUUAUGCGAUUCAACGUCUAUAUGCAACGGUUGAAGAUGAUUGAAGAUAUUGUAGCGGCCACUGUCGAGGUUUUGAAGUUGGAAAAAGUUGAAUUCUCUGGACUUAGAGGCAAAAUAUUGAGUACAGAGUGUUUGAAGGUGUUAGAAGAUUAUACGUUGGACUAUCAGCAUCUCGGUAACAUUACAUAUGAUCCAGCAGAUCCCGAAGAUAACAGUUUCUUACGAGAUUACGAAAAACACAUGGGAGUGCUAGAGGAUGUUGAUAGGAAACUUGCUGCCCUUUUUUCACAGGGUUUGGACGAGUGUAACGAUUUGGACCACUUCUUUAAAUUUUUCCAAAUCAUCGGAGACCUAUACCAUCGCCCUAUAAUAAAAGCAGAGCUAAAAUCGAAGGUGGCGAAAUUAUUGGAUUUUAUGCAUACGAAUUUAGAUCAAGUUAAAGAAAUAUUUGACGAAGAAAUGGCGAAAUGGAAUCCAAAAAGCUGGGAGAGGCCUAUGGUGGAUCCGUAUUUUCCGCCGGUGAGCGGUGUGCUGUGGUGGAUCCACAAGCUACGGAGGAGAAUUCAGGCCCCAAUGGAGGAAUUUAUUUUAUUUGAAGAUCCCAUCACAGAAAGCGACAACGCCGUGUACCUGAAACAGAAACACAACGAAAUGCUGGGUUAUCUAAACCAGUUGGAGGAUAAGCAGUUUAAGCAGUGGGCUGCAACGGUGCCUACAAUAUGCAAAACUUACCUCGCUAAGAACCUUAUAUACAGAGAUCCGCCGUUUGUAAGAAAUAACUUUAGUCCUGAGCUCGUAAUGCUUCUGCGCGAAAUACGCUACAUGAAAUACUUGGAUAAGCAAGGAAUACCGCAGGAUGGAUUGGACUUGUAUGCAAGAAAUGAAAAACUACAGUACGACAUGAAUCGCCUCAACCGCGCUAUAGCGUGGUACAACGCAAUACGAGAGGGCAGUCACGAAACUGAAGUGGCUCUUAUAGAGAAAGAGAUAUCAGCGAUCGAUGAUCUGCUCGGUAGAGGUGUUGAGGAGCUUACCUGGAAUGAUGAUUUUACAGAAUGGAUGGCGGAAGUGUACGCAGCAAUCAACACUCUCCAAGAGCGCGUAUUGACAGCGCAGAACAAUGUUCGUACUGGACUAGCGAAUAUUGCAAAGUGGGGUGAUAAGCCAUUGCACAAUCGCAAAGAAAACCGGGACAAGUUGGAACUCCUGGCAGUGAAUGAACGACAUUCCAGAUUGGUUCAGCGGAGUAAGAAAAUCGCAGAUAGUCAUGCUGAGUUUCAAAAUAUAUUGAAAGAUAAUUACAAGUUGUUUUUCAACAUCCAAGAUGACGAAGAGUCUGAUGAGGAAGAAGAAGAACUGGAAGAAGUGGACGAAGAUGCGCUUGAUGAAGACGAGAAAGAAGCGAGAAGACUUAAGCUCCAGCAAAUGAUGGAAGCAAAAGAGGCUAAGCGUAUCGCUAGGGAACAGAGAGAGAUAGAAAAAGCCGAGUUGACGCAGGCCAAGUUUGAGAGAAGAGAGAAGAGGAGGCUUAAACGAGAAGCCAAGGAAGCGGAAAAAAGAGAGAGACAGGCAUUAAGAGAUGCAGGUGAGGAAGUUGACUCACCAGUAGAAGAAGAAGAAGAGUUGGACCCCGAAGAGCUGGCGGAUAUCGAAGAAGAACGACGUGAGAUGGAGAUAGAAGCGUUCCGCGCUGAGAGAUGGCCUGCCUACGUAGAGUACGUUGAUUCACUGGUAUCAGCGCAAAUAAUGAAAGCAGUUCAAUCAAGUCUAGAUCUAUUCGAGAAACAAACUGACUUGGAGAAAGGCCCGAGAAUGGCUUUCAUGGAAGUUAUUGCUGAACUUAGAGAUCCUGAUAUAUAUUUCUCUCCGUCACUGGAUCUUGACGACAUUGAUGGUCUGUAUGACACUCUGCGAGAAAUGAUGAAGGAUAUGUUUCUACAAGCAACAUUAUUUCCAAGAAUUGAUCCAAUCGUGCCGAUUGCUACUUAUGAAGAUGAUUUAAAAAAUGAAAAUGCAAUGAUCGAUCUGUACCACGAAAUACUAAAAAGAGUUGAAAAUAGUAUCAACGAUGUAGUACAAUAUGCCGAGAAAUAUGAAACAUAUGCGCAUUUAUGGCUCGAGGACAGACAAGAAGUGUUGGCGGGUUUCAUGAAGUAUGGACGCGUUAUUCCUCCUGAGGAGUUUGAUAAGUAUCGUUUUGAGAACGGUAGUGAUCCGCCUGAAGCCAAACCAACACUUGAACAAUACCAACUCGAGAUCGACAAAUACAAUGAGUUAUACAAUGAGGUAUCAAGCUUACCUAGUGAAUACCUCUGCAACGGUUGGCUAAAACUCGAUUUAAAGCGACUAAACCAGGCGAUCAUGAACAUCAUUUGCAAGUGGAGUAAUCUUUACAAGCAGAAUCUUAAGGACCAUGUGCAGACGAGCUUAGACGAUUUAGAGAAAUUCAUUGCCUACGCUACAAAAGAGUUGACUGUCGAGUUAGGAGAGGAUGAUUAUGAAGGUCUGUUGAAAAUCAUGGGCGUUCUCAAUGAAGUGAAGGCUAAGGCUGACGCUGGUACUGAAAUGAUGUUCGAGCCACUACGAGACAUUAUCUACGUCCUCAAGGAAUACGGUGUUGAAUUCCCUGAGGAGACUUAUGAACAGUUGGACAUACUUCCGGAGAAGUGGCGCAACCUCGUGAAGUUAGCGACGGUGAUGAAGAACGAAGUAGCACCAAUGCAGGCUGCACAGGCUGCCCUUAUAGCCAAACGGGUCGCGCUUGUCAAUCUACGCAUCAACAUGUACAGGGAUCAGUUUGGAUUAAAGGAUGUAUUCUAUGAAAGAUGCAAAGAACCUUACAGACAAAUAGACAAAAUUAAUCAAGAGCUCGGACAGUUUGAAGACAUAGUUAAAACUUUGAAGAAAUCUAGCAGUCUAUUUGACAUACAACCUCCGGAUGAGAAGAAUCUCAAGCAGUGUAGACGUGAAUUAAAGCUAGCGAAGCAACUUUGGGAUUACUAUAAUCUGGUAAUGGGUACGAUAGAAUUCUGGAAGAAAUCACCAUGGAAGAAGAUUGAUGCUGAUGGUAUGGAUCAGGAGUGCAAACGCUUUACAAAAGAUCUCCGACAGUUGGAUAAGGAAAUGAGGACAUGGGAACCCUAUCUCACAAUAGAAGCAACAAUUAAAAACUUGAUGACUUCACUGCGUGCUGUGACUGAUCUACAGAAUCCUGCCAUCAAAGACAGACAUUGGGUAGAGUUGAUGAUGGCUACCAAAGUCAAGUUUAAUAUCACUGAUGAUACAACACUAGCAGACUUACUGGCGCUAAACCUCCACAAAUAUGAGGAAGAAGUCAAGACAAUUGUUGAUAAGUCUGUUAAGGAAGCUGCAAUGGAGAAAACUCUCAAGGAGUUGGAGGCAACAUGGGCUGUCAUGGAAUUCGAGUAUACAACCCAUGAUAGGACUGGUGUUAAGUUGCCUAAAGCGAGUGAAGAGCUUGUUGAGGUUCUUGAAGAUAAUCAGAACCAAGUCCAAACCAUGAUGUCGUCAAAGUUUAUCGCCUUCUACGAAGAAGAAGUAACGGCGUGGCAGAAGAAGCUUGGCACCGCAGAUGCGGUUAUUGCGCUAUGGUUCGAAGUGCAACGUAAAUGGCAGUACUUGGAGAGUAUAUUUGUUGGCUCUGAUGACAUACGAUCUCAAUUACCUGAAGAUUCUAAGAGAUUUGAUAAUGUUGAUAAGACUUUCAAGGAAUUAUUAAAAGACAUAGCAGUUACCCCCAAUGUCAUUGAAGCUACGAAUAAGCCUGGGCUGCUAAAUAAACUAGAAGAAUUAAUGACAGCGCUUAAUCUGUGCGAGAAAGCUCUAAACGAUUAUUUGGAGACAAAACGCUUGGCGUAUCCACGGUUUUACUUCGUAUCUUCGGCAGAUUUGCUAGACAUUUUGUCCAACGGAAACAAUCCGCCCGCAGUGUGUCGGCAUUUAUCUAAAUUGUAUGACAACUUGGCUAAACUGGUGUUCGUGAAGCCGGGUAGUAAGCAUGCAUUUGAGAUGAUAUCUAAGGAGAACGAAGAACACGUACCAUUUAAGGCUCCGUGUUGCGAUUGCUCAGGGAAGGUUGAAAUAUGGCUGAACCGAGUUACAGACUGCAUGCGCUACACAUUACGUGAUAUAUUCGAGCACAGUGUAAAGUCUUAUGAGGACAAGCCUCGUGACGAGUGGGUGUUCGAUUGGCCAGCUCAGCCAGCUUUGGUCGGUACUCAGAUCUGGUGGACUACGGAGACCAACCAGGCCUUUGAGAAACUUGAAGAAGGUUACGAAAACGCUCUCAAAGAUUACCAGAAGAAACAAAUUGCUCAGCUCAAUGCAUUGAUUGUAUUACUGCUGGGUGAUUUGACUGUUGGCGAUCGUCAGAAGAUUAUGACCAUUUGCACCAUCGACGUACAUUCAAGAGAUGUUGUAGCUAAACUUAUUGUUGCUAAAGUGGAAACUUCCGCUGCUUUCCAGUGGCAAAGUCAAUUGAGGCACCGAUGGGACUUUAAGUUGAACAAUUGUUUUGCCAAUAUUUGCGACGCCCAAUUUCUGUACGACUAUGAAUACUUGGGCAACACACCACGCCUUGUAAUUACGCCAUUGACAGACAGGUGCUACAUAACCCUCACACAGAGUCUCCAUUUGGUAAUGGGUGGAGCUCCCGCGGGACCUGCUGGGACGGGUAAGACGGAAACUACAAAGGAUUUGGGCAGAGCUUUGGGUAUCAUGGUCUACGUGUUCAACUGCUCCGAACAAAUGGACUACAAGUCUUGCGGGAAUAUUUACAAAGGAUUGGCCCAAACUGGCGCUUGGGGAUGCUUUGAUGAGUUCAAUCGGAUCUCAGUCGAAGUACUGUCCGUAGUGUCAGUGCAAGUAAAAAGUGUCCUCGACGCCAUUAAGGCGAAGAAGAAGAAAUUUGACUUUAUGGGAGAGUUUAUUACUCUAAUUCCCACUAUUGGAAUGUUUAUCACGAUGAACCCUGGAUACGCAGGGAGGACUGAGUUGCCUGAAAACCUAAAGGCUCUAUUUAGGCCUUGUGCAAUGGUAGUACCAGAUUUCGAGCUGAUUUGCGAAAUCAUGUUAGUGGCAGAAGGCUUCCAGGACGCACGUCUACUUGCACGCAAGUUCAUCACGCUGUACACCCUGUGUAAGGAAUUGCUGUCCAAGCAAGAUCAUUAUGAUUGGGGCUUGAGAGCGAUCAAAUCUGUGCUUGUUGUCGCUGGCUCUUUGAAGAGAGGCGAUCGUUUAAGACCAGAAGAUCAAGUAUUAAUGAGAGCGUUAAGAGAUUUCAACAUACCUAAGAUAGUAACAGAUGAUAUGCCAGUAUUCAUGGGCUUGAUAGGAGAUUUGUUCCCCGCUUUAGACGUACCCAGAAAGAGAGAUUUCGAUUUUGAAAAGCAAUUGGUGGAAGGAGCUAUAUCUAUGAAACUUCAGCCUGAACCGGGAUUCAUUUUGAAGAUGGUCCAACUAGUAGAACUAUUUGCCGUACGGCACUCUGUGUUCAUCAACGGCUUUGCGGGCACCGGCAAAUCUAUGGUUUGGCAGUGCCUCAACAAAACAUACCAAAUGCUGAAAAUGAAACCGUAUUACAACGAUCUUGAUCCAAAAGCUGUCACAAAUGACGAGUUGUUCGGUAUAAUCAACCCAGCAACUAGGGAGUGGAAGGAUGGUCUGUUCUCCACCAUCAUGCGGGACAUGGCGAACAUGCCGGGUGACGGUCCCAAGUGGAUAGUGCUCGACGGCGAUAUUGAUCCCAUGUGGAUCGAGAGCUUGAACACUUUGAUGGAUGACAAUAAGGUGCUAACGUUAGCAAGUAACGAGCGUAUAGCUCUAACAAAGUCGAUGAGGUUGCUGUUUGAGAUAGCGACGCUGAGGACCGCAACGCCCGCCACCGUGUCUCGGGCUGGCAUCUUGUACAUCAAUCCGCAAGAUUUAGGGUGGAAUCCAUUUGUGGCAUCAUGGAUAGACACGACGCGCGACGAUGAAUCGGAAAAAGCGAUGUUGACAGUGAUGUUCGACAAGUACAUUCCACCCUUGCUGGAUUCUUGCAAGAAGUAUAAGCGAAUAACGCCACUGAGCGAGCUGCAGCAGAUCCAGCUUACAUGCUAUUUGCUGGAGUGUUUCCUCAAUAAGUCUUUACUGCCCACUGAUUGUCCAAAGGAAUGGUAUGAGACCUACUUCGUAUUCUGCGUCGUGUGGGGUUUCGGCUCCGGUCUCUUUCAAGAUCAGCUCGUGGAUUGGCGCAAUGAGUUCAGCAAGUGGUUCUGCAAUGAGUUCAAACAGAUCAAGUUCCCGUCUACCGGCAAUGUAUUCGGUUUCUUCAUAGACCCGGAAUCGAAGAAGUUUUUGCCGUGGUCUGAACGCGUUGAGGCGUUUGAGUUGGACCCAGAUAUACCGCUUCAGUCCUGCUUAGUAUCGACCUCGGAGACGACUCGUAUUCGCUUCUUCAUGGAUCUGCUGAUCGCGAAGCAGAAGCCAGUGAUGCUGGUGGGCAGCGCGGGCAGCGGCAAGACGGUCAGCGUCGCGGCCAAGCUCAACGCGCUAUCCGACAACUACGCUGUCACUAAUGUGCCGCUCAACUUCUACACCACUUCAGAGAUGAUCCAGAAGGUUCUAGAGAAACCCUUAGAAAAAAAGUCGGGCCGCAGUUUCGGUCCGCCGGGUAGCAAGUUUAUGAUUUACUUCGUCGACGAUCUGAACAUGCCCGAAGUAGACACGUACGGGACGGUGCAGCCCCAUACGCUCAUCAGGCAGUUCAUGGAUUAUCAUCAUUGGUACGACAGACAGAAGUUAACCCUGAAGGAUAUAUCAAAUUGCAUGUUUGUAUCAUGCAUGAACCCGACUGCUGGAUCGUUCACAAUCGAUCCAAGAUUGCAAAGGCACUUCUGUACAUUCGCUGUUAGUUUCCCCGGCAUCGAUGCGUGCUUCCACAUUUACAAGCAGAUCCUGUCCCAACACUUAGCUAACCCUGCAAACAAGUUCAACAUCCAAGUUCAACGCUACGCGGAAACUCUGGUGAACUGUGCGCUCGCUCUCCACUCCAAACUCUCCUCAACUUUCCUCCCAACCGCCAUCAAGUUCCACUAUAUAUUCAACUUGAGAGAUCUGUCCAAUAUAUUCCAGGGUAUAUUGUUCACAACUGGCGACGCUAUUAAGCUGAGUUCUGAGCUGAUACGGCUAUGGUUGCAUGAGGCCACUCGCGUGUACUCUGAUAAGCUGAUCGACUCGACCGACAACGAGACUUUCGCAAAACUCAUCUCUGACACCAUCAAGAAAAAUUGUGAAGACUUCGACGAAAACAUAGUAUUCGAAAAACCACUUAUUUAUUGCCAUUUCGCUGAAGGCAUUGGAGACCCUAAAUAUUUCCCUAUCAAAGACUGGCCACAUAUUAAAAAAUUACUCGACGAAUCUCUUUCGUCUUACAACGAUCUUGUGGCCACUAUGAAUCUUGUGCUCUUCGAGGAUGCUAUGUAUCAUAUAUGCAGAAUAAAUCGUAUUCUGGAAGCGCCACGUGGUAACGCUUUGCUAGUAGGUGUGGGAGGUUCUGGAAAACAGUCGUUGUCUCGACUGUCAGCUUUCAUCUCCUCACUUGAGGUCUUCCAGAUUCAGUUGCGCAAAGGAUACAGCAUAAACGACCUUAAAGUAGAUCUUGCGGGCCUCAACCUAAAAGCGGGACUAAAGAACAUUGGGAGCAUGUUCCUAAUGACAGAUGGCCAAGUGGCUGAGGAGCGGUUCCUUGUACUCAUCAACGAUUUGCUAGCCUCUGGAGAAAUACCUGAGUUAUUCGCCGAUGAUGAAAUAGAGAAUAUCAUUAACGGAGUAAGGGGUGAGACCAAGGCUACUGGUGUGCCUGAUACACGCGAGAACUGCUGGAGAUUCUACAUCAAUAGGGUGCGAACAAUGUUGAAGGUGGUGCUGUGUUUCUCCCCUGUGGGUGCGACGUUAAGAGUGCGCGCGCGCAAGUUCCCCUCCAUCGUGAACUGUACCGCUAUCAACUGGUUCCACGAGUGGCCUCAGGAGGCUCUGCGCUCCGUGUCCAAGAGGUUCAUUGCCGAAGUGGAGGCUUUACCGCCUAAUCUGAUAGAUCCAGUCGCGGCGUUCAUGUCGCAUGUCCAUCAAAGCGUGAACCAAAUGUCAGCAAUAUACUUCACAAACGAGCGUCGGUACAAUUAUACCACGCCAAAGACUUUCCUCGAACAGAUAUCCUUAUACUCGAGGCUGCUUACGGAAAAGACCAAGAAUUUGAAGAUGAUGAUAUAUAGACUCGAAAAUGGCUUAGAAAAAUUGGCAUCUUGCGCAGCUGACGUAGCAGUAUUAAAGGUAACUUUGGCCGAACAAGAAGUAAUAUUAAAAGUUAAAAAUAAAGCAGCUGAAGAACUUAUCGAGGUAGUAGGUGCUGAGAGUGAAAAAGUAUCAAAAGAAAAAGCAUUUGCUGCGGAAGAAGAGAAGAAAGUAAAAGUAAUAGAAGAGGACGUGACAAUAAAGGCAAAGAUUUGCGCAGACGACUUGGCUAAAGCUGAACCAGCAUUGAUCGCAGCUCAGGAGGCUUUGAAUACACUGAAUAAGAACAAUUUGACUGAGUUGAAGUCCUUCGGUUCACCACCUGACGCUGUCGUUAAUGUAACGGCUGCCGUACUUGUGCUGUUUUCUAAGAAAGGCAAAAUACCUAAAGAUAGGUCAUGGAAAGCUUGCAAGCUGAUGAUGGCUAAAGUUGAUCAAUUUUUAUACGACCUUGUUUAUUAUGACAAAGAAAACAUUCAUCCAGAUGUUAUCAAGGCGGUUAUGCCGUAUAUAAAGAACCCGGAAUUCAAUGCGGAUUUUAUAAUGUCAAAAUCGGCUGCGGCUGCCGGGCUUUGCUCUUGGGUUAUAAAUAUCGUAAAGUUCUACGACGUGUAUGUGGUGGUAGAGCCUAAAAGACGGGCUCUCAAUGCUGCCAAUGCAGAAUUACAGGCCGCGAGGGACAAGCUCGCAUUUCUCACCGAUCAGAUUCACGAACUUGAAGAGAAACUGGAAGAAUUGCUGAAAGCUUUCCAAGAAGCUGUCAAUGAGAAAAUUAAAUGUCAAGCAGAAGCUGAUGCCACAAACGCAACUAUUGAUUUAGCUAACCGAUUAGUGAAUGGUUUAGCUUCAGAAAAAAUAAGAUGGUCAUCAACAGUUGUAAAUCUGAAGGAAUCUGGCGUGAUGUUGCCGGGAGAUGUAUUGCUCGUGACAGCUUUCAUAUCAUACGUCGGUUGCUUUACGCGCCGCUACCGAUUGUUGCUCAUGGAUGAGGAUUGGGUUCCUACACUUCAGAAGACCGACCCCAAAAUCGAGACAACAGAAGGUCUGGAACCUCUAACGAUGUUGACAGACGAUGCUCAAGUAGCGGCAUGGAACAACGAAGGGCUGCCCACUGAUACCAUGAGCACAGAGAACGCAACUAUUCUCACCAAUUCCGCAAGAUGGCCGCUCAUGAUCGAUCCGCAACUACAAGGAAUAAAAUGGAUAAAAUCCCGAUACGGCGAAGCGCUUGUAGUGAUCCGACUGACGCAGCGUAACUACCUGGAUCGCAUUGAGCGUGCAGUCAGCAAUGGCGAUGUAGUGCUACUUGAGAAUAUUGGGGAGACGGUCGAUGCUGUACUUGAACCGUUGUUGGGACGUGUGCUUAUUCGGAAAGGACGUGUGCUGAAGAUUGGUGACAGGGAGAUAGAUUAUCAUGCAAACUUCAGGCUUUUGCUUCAAACAAAGCUGGCUAACCCUCACUAUCAACCAGAAAUGCAAGCACAAUGCACUUUAAUAAACUUUACUGUAACAAGGGAUGGUCUCGAAGAACAACUGCUAGGAGAGGUGGUUAAAGCAGAAAGACCAGAUCUCGAAGCGCUUCGUGCUGGUCUUACGAAAAUGCAAAAUGAUUUCAAAAUAACAUUGAAAAGUUUAGAAGACGAUCUGUUAAAGCGAUUAUCUUCAGCUGGGCCAGACAUUCUUAGUGAUUCAGCUUUGGUCAUUAAUUUGGAGACAACUAAGAAAACUGCUGCGGAUAUUGAAAUAAAAGUUGAAGAAUCAAAGGUUACUGCCGUCAAAAUUGAUGAAGCACGAGAAAGAUACAGAGGUGCAGCAACUCGAGCUUCGAUGCUGUAUUUCAUCCUGAACGACUUGUGCAAGAUAAACCCUAUGUACCAAUUCUCCCUCAAAGCGUACAGCGUUGUAUUCAAGGACGCGCUAGUAAGGGCUGAGGCUGCUGACGAGUUGGAUGCAAGAGUGGCCAAUCUGUUGGACAGCAUCACAUUUGCCGUGUUCGUGUAUACUAGUCGAGGGUUGUUCGAGAAGGAUAAACUCGUGUUCUUGUUCCUUAUCACUUUGCAGGUAUUACAAAUUGAGGGCAAGGUAGAUCCAAAGGAAUUGGACUUCCUGCUGAAGUAUGCUGUCGCGCCCGUAAGCUCACCUUACUCUUGGCUGUCUAAUAAUUCUUUUGGUGGCAUUGUGGCGCUCUCCAAGAUGGACGCUUUCGAAAACCUGGAUAAGGACAUUGAAGGGGCCGCAAAAAGAUGGCAGAAGUAUACAGAUGGCGAGGCUCCGGAACGAGACAAGUUGCCGGGCGAGUGGAAGAACAAAACAUCGUUGCAGCGACUCUGUAUCCUGCGCGCCCUAAGGCCUGACCGCAUGUCAUAUGCUUCUGGUGCGUUCUGUGAAGAAAACCUUGGAACGAAGUACGUUGAAGCGAGAACUCCAUCCUUGGAGAAAUCAUUCGAAGAGAGCACGUGUACAACACCUAUGUUCUUCAUUCUAUCGCCAGGAGUUGAUCCGUUGAAGGAUGUGGAAAAAUUGGGUCGUAAGCUCGGUUUCUCAACGGACAAAAGGAAUUUCCACAUUGUGUCGCUGGGGCAAGGCCAGGAAGUGGUCGCCGAAGAGGCAAUGGGCGUGUCCGCAGUGAAUGGCCAUUGGGUCAUCUUGCAGAAUGUGCAUCUGGUGGCUAAGUGGUUGGCCACUCUGGAGAAGAAGAUGGAGGAGACUUUCGAAAAUCCUCUUCCAGAUUAUAGACUGUUCUUAAGCGCAGAACCGGCAGCUGACGCCGCUUACCAUAUCAUCCCCCAAGGAAUUUUGGAAUCUGCUAUCAAAAUAACAAACGAACCUCCCAUUGGAAUGUGGGCUAACUUACAUAAGGCUCUUGACAACUUCAGUCAAGAGACCCUGGAAAUGUGCAGUAAGGAAGCGGAGUUCAAGGCUGUACUGUUUGCGCUGUGUUAUUUCCACGCUGUGGUCGCCGAACGGCGGAAAUUCGGCCCGCAAGGAUGGAACAGGGUGUACCCAUUCAACUUCGGAGACCUAACGAUAUGCGUGUACGUGCUAUUCAAUUACCUGGAGGCCAAUCCUCGGGUGCCCUGGGAAGAUCUUAGAUAUCUCUUCGGUGAGAUCAUGUACGGUGGACAUAUCACAGAUGAUUGGGACAGAAGGCUGUGUCGGACCUUCCUGCUAGAAUACAUGCAGCCAGAACUUGUGGAUGGUGAAUUGACGCUUGCGCCAGGAUUCAUAUCACCUCCAAACUCGGAUUACGUGGGAUACCACCAGUACAUAGAUGACUUCUUGCCUGACGAGACCCCGUAUCUUUACGGAUUGCAUCCUAACGCCGAGAUUGGCUACUUAACCACGGUGUCUGAACGACUUUUUAAGGUUGUGUUUGAAAUGCAACCACGGGAUGCUGGUGCUCAAGCGGGCGGCGGAGCAAGCAAGGAAGAAAUGGUUCGGACGAUCUUGGACGAUAUUAUGGACCGGGUGCCAGAGCCGUUCAACCUUCAAGAACUGAUGGGCAAGGUGGAGGAGCUAACCCCCUUCACAAUCGUAGCAUUGCAGGAGUGCGAGCGGAUGAACCGGCUCAUGGGAGAGAUCAGACGAUCUCUGAAGGAGUUGGAGCUGGGUCUCAAGGGAGAGCUGACAAUCAGCAGCGAUAUGGAAAAAUUAAUGGAGUCACUGUUUAUGGAUCACGUGCCGGAAUCGUGGACGAAACUAGCCUACCCCAGUCUACUUGGGCUCGCCGCGUGGUUCUCAGACUUGUGUCUACGUCUCACUGAGCUUGAGAACUGGUCCGGGGAUUUUAAUUUACCCCCGGCGGUGUGGCUGGCGGGCUUCUUCAACCCGCAGUCAUUCCUGACGGCCAUCAUGCAACAGACGGCGCGUAAGAAUGAGUGGCCGCUUGACAAGAUGUGCCUCAACUGUGACGUCACCAAGAAGAAUAGGGGAGAUUUCAAUGCUCCUCCACGCGAAGGGGCAAACAUUCACGGUCUAUACAUGGAAGGCGCGCGAUGGGACACGGCAACCGGCGGCAUAGUUGAGUCGUACAUGAUGGAACUGUUCCCGAUGAUGCCCGUCAUCUACAUCAAGGCAGUCACUCAGGACAAACAGGACACGCGCAAUGUUUACGAGUGCCCGGUAUAUAAAGUUCGAAUGCGAGGCCCUACAUUUGUGUGGACGUUCAACUUGAAGACGAGGGAUAAACCAACUCGCUGGACUCUCGCCGGCGUCGCUUUGCUCCUGGGAGUGUAGAUGCCUCAAUAUCUAGUACUGCUACGUUAUAACGCUCAUACUUCUAUCGAAAUAUACCCACUAGUGUUGUUAUUAUUAAUACUUUUUUUUACUUUUACUUCUAUUGAUACUACUGUUUUUCAUUACCUAUAAGUCUUAGGAUUGAUUUAAGUUAAUCAUAUCUCAAAUUCACUUUAAUCAUUGCUUUGCAUGUGAAUCGAUUUUUUUUCUCAAGUUUCUUUCCUGCUUAUUCUGUAACUUAAUCGUUUUAAUGUAUAGCAAUA